CCCUCGGCGCGCCCUCGCUCCGCCCCGCCUCCGGCCCGCUGCGGUGCCGGCCCCAGCGACCCUCGGCGGCCCGCAGGUCCUCCGCCGCCAGCCUCCAUGGACUCGUUCGUCCCGCAGCAGCCGGGGCUGCCCCGCGCGCGCCUCGCUGGCACCUCUGGCCGUGGGGCGGCCUCCGUCAGCUGCAGCCGGCUCCGCCAGGUUCAAAGCAUCCUGACACAGAGCAGCAAGUCGCAGCCUGAUGGGAUUCUCUGCAUCCUAGGAAUUGACAGCAGGUACAAUGAAGGCUGCAGAGAGCUGGCAAAUUACCUUCUGUUUGGUUUAUACGGUCAGAAUACCACUGAUAUUGAGAAAACGGGAUUUUCUGAAGAAAUUCUAGAUGAUGUGAUUAUACUGAUUAAAUCAGAUAGUGUCCAUCUGUACUGCAAUCCAGUCAACUAUCGAUAUCUUUUGCCUUAUGUGGCACAUUGGAGAAACCUGCAUUUCCACUGCAUGAUGGAAAAUGAGUAUGAAGAUGAGGAAGCAGCGGAAGAAUUUAAGAUUUCCAGCUUUGUGGACAUGGUUCGAGACUGUAGUAGAAUUGGUAUUCCUUACAGCUCCCAAGGUCACUUACAGAUAUUUGACAUGUUUGUGGUAGAGAAGUGGCCAAUUGUACAAGCCUUUGCCCUUGAAGGCAUUGGAGGAGAUGGAUUUUUUACCAUGAAAUAUGAGUUGCAGGAUGUGAGUUUGAGUCUGUGGAAUGUCUACAGCAGGAUGGAUCCUAUGUCUCUGGAGAAUAUGCUGUCAGAAGAUUUGGUGGGGUUUGAGCAUCAGUGGACAAGCUUCUUUGCUAAUUUUGACACAGAAAUCCCUUUUCUGCUGGAGCUUUCAGAAUCUCAGGCGGGUGAGCCAUUCAGAAGCUACUUUAGCCAUGGAAUGAUCUCCAGCCACAUUACUGAAAACAGCCCUCAUCGGCAGCCGUUUGUUCUCUUCGGUAACCAUUCCACACGAGACAACCUGAGCGCUGGCAGCUUUAACUUCCCUUCUGAGGGGCACCUGGUUCGAAACACCGGUCCUGCAGGCAGCUGUGCCAAACACAUGGUUGCUCAAUGCGUCUCACCAAAGGGACCUCUGGCAUGUUCAAGAACGUACUUUUUUGGAGCUACUCAUGUUCCUUAUUUGGGUGGUGAUGACAAGCUGCCCCAGACGACUGGACAGAUUAGGCUCUUAUCCCAGAUAUAUGCUGCUGUUAUUGAGGCUGUUUUGGCUGGCAUUGCAUGUUAUGCUAAAACUUGCAGUCUGGCAAAGGCCAAGGAGGCAGCAGAGCAUACUCUGGAAUCUGGGUUAUUGUUCCCUGAGUUGGCUCCAUUCAAAGCAGAUCUACGCUUCAAGGCGGUUUUUCAUAUACAUGCUGUGAAUAACCAGGGAAGAAUUGUGCCUCUGGAUAGUGAACAUAGCUUAUCCUUUGUGAAAACGGCUUGUAUGACCAUCUAUGACAUUCCUGACUUGCUAGGAGGAAGAGGAUACUUAGGAUCUGUGGUCUUCUCAGAGUCAUUUUUGACAUCUCGGAUCCUGGUUAAAGAAAAGGAUGGCACUGUUACCCCAGAUAUCAGCUACAUCGUCUUGACAGCUGCCAUCCCCAGAUUCUGUUCCUGGCUGGUAGACGAUAAUGAAAUAAAAUUGGCUGAGAAAACCCUGCAAGCAAUAAGGGGGGACGAAUGUUUCUUGGGCACUUUGCUAACAGAAGGAAAAGGAGCAUAUCUCUAUUCCAACGGUCCACAGCCUGGGCCUGAGAAAGGGAAUGUGCACUUCUUCUCUGGUGGCCUUCUGUUUUCUCACCGUCAUCAUGGAAGCAUCAUCAUUUCCAAGGAUCACAUGAAUUCUGUUUCCUUCUAUGAUGGGAAUUCCACAAGCAUAGUGGCCGUCCUUCUCAUAGAAUUCCGAAGAUCAUUACUUCCUCAUCUCCCGGUUCAGUUCCAUGGAUCAAGCAAUUUUCUGAUGAUUGCCCUUUUCCCCAAAUCAAAGAUAUAUCAAGCAUUUUACUCUGAGGUCUUCUCCCCCUGGCAACAGCAGGAUAACUCAGGGCUUUCUUUAAAAGUGAUCCAGGAAGAUGGAUUAUCUGUGGAACAAAAGAGAUUGCACGCCAGCGCACAGAAGCUCUUCAGGGCCCUGGCGCAUCCUGUGGAGGAGUGGAGCUCCCCAAAGCUGCUCUCAGCCAAACUCCCUGAGUUGGACCGGUUUCUCCAGCAUUUUGCCAUUGGUAGCAUUGGUCAGGAGCCUGUGAUGCGAACCCAUCUUCCAGGCCUGCUGCAGCAAGCUGAAGUCAGCUCCGCUCGUGGACUAGAAAAUGACAAGGUUAUCAUCAGCAUUGUAACUGGUCUCCCAGGCUGUCAUGCUAACAAGCUCUGUGCUUUCCUGGUCACUCUGCAUAAGGAAUACGGCAGGUGGAUGGUAUACCGCCAGAUCAUGGACAGCUCUGAAUGUUUCCAUACUGCACACUUCCAAAAAUACCUUUCCAGUGCCCUGGAGGCCCAGCAGAACCGCUCUGUCCGCCAGUCAGCUUACAUACGCAAGAGGACCAGACUGCUGGUGGUACUACAAGGCUACACGGAUGUCAUUGAUGUUGUCCAGGCCCUGCAGACUCACCCAGACCCCAAUGUCAAGUCCUGCUUCACCAUUGGUGCCGUCACAGCAUGUGUGGAGCCCCUGAGCUGCUACAUGGAGCACAGAUUUCUCUUUCCUAAAUGUCUCGACCAGUGUUCACAAGGCUUGGUGAAUAAUGUGGUGUUUACUAGUCACACGAUGGAGCAGAGGCACCCUCUCCUUGUCCAGCUGCAGACACUGAUCAGGGCUACCAAUCCUGCUGCAGCCUUCAUUCUUGCAGAAAAUGGGAUUGUAACAAGGAAUGAAGACAUUGAACUGAUUCUCUCAGAGAAUAGUUUUUCAAGCCCCCAGAUGCUACGUUCUCGAUACUUAAUGUUUCCUGGCUGGUAUGAAGGUAAAUUUGAUUCCGGAUCCGUCUUUCCACUAAUGGUUCAGAUCUGUGUGUGGUUUGACCGUCCUCUGGAGAAAACCCGCUUUGUGACCAAGUGUAAAGCAAUUCAGUCUUCCAUCAAGCCGAGUCCCUUCUCUGGAAACAUCUACCACAUCCUUGGCAAAGUGAAGUUUUCAGAUUCUGAAAAGACUAUGGAGGUCUGCCACAACACUUUAACCAACUCCCUGAGCAUUGUGCCGGUUUUGGAGGGGCCCACGCCACCCCCCAACUCAAGAAGCACACCUCAAGACAGUGGGCAGCCAGAAUGCUACCUUGUGUUCAUUGGCUGCUCCCUGAAGGAGGACACCCUCAAAGACUGGCUUCGACAGUCAGCUAAGCAGAGACCUCAGAGGAAAGCUCUGAAAACCAGGGGAAUGCUGACCCAGCAGGAGAUCAAGAACAUCCAUGUGAAACGCCACUUGGACCCCCUACCUGCAGGCUACUUUUACAAUGGCACCCAGUUUGUUAACUUCUUUGGGGACAAGACCGAUUUUCACCCACUCAUGGACCAGUUCAUGAAUGAUUAUGUGGAAGAGGCUAAUCGGGAGAUCGAAAGGUACAACCGUGAGCUGGAGCAGCAGGAGUACCGGGACCUCUUUGAGCAGAAGUCCUAAAGAAGGCUGGCCCGUGCCCAUCAGAGAUGAAUGAAUGAAUGGGUGCCAGCUUUCCUGGAGUCCCUUCCUCGAGGGGCUGUCUGUCCUCCCUGGCCUGUGCCUGCCAGUGUAGUACAUGUUGUCUUUAUUCUCUCUUCUCUGCACCCUCAAAGGCAUUGUAUGCACCAUCGGGUGGGGCGGUACACGAGAUGAGCAGCUAGCACUGCCUUGGGUACCAGCAGCUCUGAGUGUCUGGACGGCUGGACACCAUGUAGGGCUGAGGAGAAGCCUUUGGCUUGCACAGUGGCACUCCUGAGAUUUAGAGGGACCGCUGGUUGCCUAAGCAGUGGCCAGGCAGAGAGCCACAAUGCCUUCUAGGUGAGAGCACUUUUGUGGGAUGAAUGGAAACACGAUGCUUUCUGGAAGUGUGAGGCUCUUGAGUUAGCAGCAGCAUUGCCCUGGGGUUGGUCCCUGAGGUCCCCUGUGGCAUCGCUUGUUUCUCUGAUUCAGGGACGAGCAGACCUGCUUGCUGCCGAAGCGCUGGCGGUGCCACACCUCCCCAUCAAGGUGAAUAUCCUGCGCCUGGCUGGUCUUAGGCCCAGGGGCUACUCAUUGGGGGCUGUUAGUCUCUAGCACCCAGCCUCCCCACCCCCUGCCAUGGAAAGCAAUACAUUUCAGAAACACACACACACACACAAACUGCCCCUGGCCCAGGAUGGAUGUUUACUUGGUUCUCCAAGGACUAGGAAUUUGAAGAAUUCUAAUAUCCAAAUUACAAUUCCCUCCAGUGGUUUUGUUUUAGGUUGGAUCAUACAGCAAAGGUAUUUGCAUCCCAAGACUGACCUUCCUAAUUAGUGUGGGAACAAGGUCACUAAAGGUGAUGCCUGCUAGGACUUGAGUGCCUCCUGCUGCUUGGACUAUAAAUGUUUUCUGAGUUUCAUGAACUUUUUGCAUGCCUUAGGAAGAAGCACAUAGAUAAAACCAGCAUAGUGUUCUGUAAUGUAGAGAGGUUUUGAGAAAGGGCCCUGGCACAGAGGAGAGGUAGGGUGGAGCACAUGGGUCCAUGUGCCUGGUAACACAGAGCUUUUGGGCAAAUAGCAAAGUAAUAAUCAAGAACUUGUCAAUAAAAUAUUCAUGUAUUAGGAAAAAUCAUUUGAAGCCAAAUGAACCAAAUUACAAGUCCCAUUGGAUAAGAAAUCUUGCAGUAAGAAAAGCUUUUGAAACUCAAGCCCAUAUGCUCCAAUCCCAGCUCCAAAACACGAUGGUGACAAGGCCCUCCUCUUGAACUCCAGUCUGGGAAUCGUGACUUCUGGCUGGGGUUCAAUAACAUAGAUCUUAAGUGCAAUUGAUUAAUAAGCAAUGAGUUACUAUAGCUCCCUUUAUCUUCACCAAGCUCUUUUUAAAAACUAAACUUUGAGCUAGCAGCCUUACAAAAGUAAAAGGGGACCAUAAGCUAUCUUAUUUCCUGGGGUUGGGGGGGAGGGAGAACCACAGGCCAUUUCAUUUCCUGCAGGGUUACUGUGAAGUUUUCAGUGGAAGCUCUAGAUUAAGAGCUCUGGCUGCUUUGGCCUGGCAGUCUGGCUGCUGCACAGAAGAGUUUUUAAAGAGGGGUUGGGGCUGCGCUUACACGGUGAACUUGGUUUCUGACCAUUGUCCAUAGAAAUGUGCUUUCACCAACCUGCCCCUCUGCCCCCAUUCCUCUCAGUAGAGGGAAAACUGAUUACCUCAACUUGAAUAGGAAACUGUGGUUGAAGAAAAAGCAGAACGUUCAGCAGUUUCUAAGCCAAGAGGGCAGGUCUGAGGCCUUCAUAGACGCUCCCUGGCCUGCUCAGAAGUCUGAGGUGCACAGCAACCACAAGCUGAGCUCUGAGGACCAGGAGAGGGCUCUGCUUGCCCUGUGUUGUUCCCUCCAACCUGCAUGUCUCUGGGCUUUGACUCUAGGGUUUUACAUCCACUUGAUCCCACUGGGUCAGAGUGUGGUCUGAGGCUAUCUCCAGAGGAAAACCAUGGUACUCGCUUGGCCUCUUAGAAGUGGCUAUUGUGCCCAGCAAGGAUUUUAGGGAUCAGUUCCCAGGACAGGCAGAAGUCCUCUAGGGGCCUACAUGCUUUCUACCAACUUCCCUGUUGGCAGCUUCAGUUUUCAUCCCCAGAGUGAGUGUGAUAGUGGAGCAGUCACUGAAGUUAUGGGUUGUUUUGUUUUAAUGUGGGAUUUCCCCCUUGUUGACUAGAGGGAGGAAGCAAAUAUUGGAGGCACCUUGGCCCCACUCAAGCCCUCAGGCCUUCUGACCUGAGGCCUGGACACUAGACCUUUAGGCUGUGAUCAGUAAAAUUGUCCCUCCUAAGUCCUGUUGGGAUUUUGGAGAAUUUUUGCACAGUAAUAAGCUCUGGCUUCUCAAAAGGGAAAAGUUCAAUUCAAAGACUGUAAACUGUUAAGUAUUCCAGCCAUGCUGCUGACUAGUUGGAUAGCUGUACCUCAAAAAAUAGGUGGGAAGUGGCUUUCUCAUUGUCCCUCGUGGUCAGAUACUAAUGGAUGAGCUCACUUACGUGCCAAAAUUCACUUUUAUACUAGUUUUUCAAUGCUUUAAUAUUUGUAACUUAAAUUUUAAAAUUCAUAUUUACAAACACUACUAUAACUUCAGUGAGACUGAAUUGUGUGAUUGAAGCUUUUUGCUUAUUAUAGUAUUUAUUACACUACUUAAUUCAGUAAAUAUAUAAAAGUAGCCUUCAAUUUAUUUUUAUAUUAUUUUACAUGUUUUUAUCAGCAGUUGUGUCUGUGAAUUUCCCUUGGAGAUUAAGAUGUAAUGCUGAGGACCAAUAAACUGUCACUCAACAAGC